UUAUUAUAGGUACUAGGUAAUCGCCCAAAAUGGUUACCUGUUGUGUGAGUGUUUUUUUUUAAACAUUAGGUACUUUGUUCCAGAUGCCUAACCGUGCCACAUAGACUAGUGUGCCUAAUGAAAGAUGGCAAAAUAAAAUCACUUUGAUGUGCUGAGUGGGUUUAAUGUGUGAUGUAUGUUAUUACGUCCGCACUUAUAAUAUUGUGUCCAAGUCUGGUAUGCACAUCACCCUAAAAGGAAGGAGAGCAACAAGAUUCAUCUCAGAGCUUAAAAGAAUGGGUUAUGAAAACGCAUGAGGAAAUUGAAUGUAUUUAGCCUAGAGAAAAGAACAAUUAGGGCAACGUAAUUCAAGUCUUUAAGCAGCGGACCGCUGUUGGAAAUGAAGUAGAAACUUUAGGGGUAGGACACGCUUCUUUACACAGAGAGUGGUAAGGGUAAGGAAUAGGCUACCUAGCCUCAUUGUGGAUGCGGAAUCAUUGGGAUCCUUUAAGACCUGACAAAGGUUUUUAGACCAAUCAAGUUAGUAGGAACCAGACGAUCGCUGAUGUUCUUAUGUACUUGUAUUAUAUUACCAUUUACGGUAAUGAAACCUCACCAAAAGCAAACCAAAAUGAAAAAGAUACAGGAUGUGUGUAUAUUGUUUCUCCAGUGUUUUACAGGACCACUGACUGUAACUCCUGGACGGCAGAAAUACCCAGAAAAAUCAGUGCAGUGAAGGGGUCAUGCGUGAAUAUCCCCUGUCACUUUAACUACCCCGGCCCCAGGCACCCAGCAAGAGAUUUUGUUGGAAUCUGGUACCAUGGUUUCUUCACCGCCAUGGUUUACAACAGCAAAGACAUCAGUCUGGUCAAUGCCAAGUUCAGGCAUCGCACAAAACUGACCGGCUCUCUUGAGAGCAAUAACUGCUCCCUCCAAAUCAUUAACCUAACUCCUGAAGACUCGCUCACAUACAUGUUCCGAGUAGAGAUUAAGGGCACUCAGAAGUACAGUUACACACAGGUGACUUCUCAGUUGAUAGUUUCAGGGACUCCAGAGAAACCUCAAAUGAAUUGUCCGCAGACCCUAACUGAAGGUGUUAGUGUACCUGUAGUGUGUACCAUAAAAUACACCUGCGUCAAAACCCCCCCUCAACUAAUGUGGAGUUACAGCAAGGGCUCCAUCAACGCCAUACACGAGCCCGAGCAGGGUGGUGUGUGGGAAGUGAAAUCGGUCCUCACCUUCAUUCCUGCUUCCGAGGAUCACUCCCAGACUCUUCAGUGUCGAGCGCUCUACUCGGAUAUCAAUGAUUUAAUAUCGCCAGGACCCAGCUGCAAGCUUCAUGUGCAAUAUGCCCCAAAAAACGUUUCCGUUCUUGUCAGAGGGUCUUCUGGUGGUAUAAAGGAAGGAGAUACUGUUUCUCUGAGCUGUGUCAGUCACAGCAACCCUCCAGUUUUGACAUACAGCUGGUACAGAGUUAUGAGCCAUGCAACUAUACGGUUACAUGCAGAAGCCAUGGACAUUACAGUGGAGAACGUGACUAGUGAAGGAACCCAGUAUUACUGCUCUGCACAUAAUGAUGUGGGAAUUGGAACCUCUAAAAGACUACACUUGGUGGUUCAGUAUGCCCCCAGACAUCUUUCUGUUCUUGUCAGAGGGUCUGCUGGUGGGAUAAAGGAAGGAGAUCAUGUUUCUCUGAGCUGUGUCAGUGACAGCCUCCCUCCAGCUUUCACAUACAAUUGGUACAGAGUUAUAAACAAGGACAAUAUACGGUUACUGGCAGAAACCAUGGAUAUUACAGUGGAGAAUGUGACUAGAGAGGAGAGCGAGUAUUACUGCUCUGCUCAAAAUGAUGUGGGAAUUGGAACAUCUAAACCCAUCCACUUGGCUAUACAAUAUGCCCCAAAAAAUGUUUCAGUUCUUGUCAGAGGGUCUUCUGGUGGUAUAAAGGAAGGAGAUACUGUUUCUCUGAGCUGUGUCAGUGACAGCAACCCUCCAGUUUUGACAUACAGCUGGUACAGAGUUACGAGCAAUGAAACUGUACGGUUACAUGCAGAAGCCAUGGACAUUACAGUGGAGAACGUGACUAGUGAAGGAACCCAGUAUUACUGCUCUGCACAUAAUGAUGUGGGAAUUGGAACCUCUAAACAACUGCACUUGGUGGUUCAGUAUGCCCCCAGACAUCUUUCUGUUCUUGUCAGAGGGUCUGCUGGUGAGAUAAAGGAAGGAGAUCAUGUUUCUCUGAGCUGUGUCAGUGACAGCCUCCCCCCAGCUUUCACAUACAGUUGGUACAGAGUUAUAAACAAGGACAAUAUACGGUUACUGGCAGAAACCAUGGAUAUUACAGUGGAGAAUGUGACUAGAGAGGAGAGCGAGUAUUACUGCUCUGCACAAAAUGAUGUAGGAAUUGGAACAUCUAAACCCAUCCACUUGGCUAUACAAUAUGCCCCAAAAAACGUUUCCGUUCUUGUCCGAGGGUCUUCUGGUGGUAUAAAGGAAGGAGAUACAGUUUCUCUGAGCUGUGUCAGUGACAGCAACCCUCCAGUUUUGACAUACAGCUGGUACAGAGUUAUGAGCAAUGAAACUAUACGGUUACAUGCAGAAGCCAUGGACAUUAUAGUGGAGAACGUGACUAGUGAAGGAACCCAGUAUUACUGCUCUGCACAUAAUGAUGUGGGAAUUGGAACCUCUAAACCACUACACUUGGUGGUUCAGUAUGCCCCCAGACAUCUUUCUGUUCUUGUCAGAGGGUCUGCUGGUGGGAUAAAGGAAGGAGAUCAUGUUUCUCUGAGCUGUGUCAGUGACAGCCUCCCUCCAGCUUUCACAUACAAUUGGUACAGAGUUAUAAACAAGGACAAUAUACGGUUACUGGCAGAAACCAUGGAUAUUACAGUGGAGAAUGUGACUAGAGAGGAGAGCGAGUAUUACUGCUCUGCUCAAAAUGAUGUGGGAAUUGGAACAUCUAAACCCAUCCACUUGGCUAUACAAUAUGCCCCAAAAAAUGUUUCAGUUCUUGUCAGAGGGUCUUCUGGUGGUAUAAAGGAAGGAGAUACUGUUUCUCUGAGCUGUGUCAGUGACAGCAACCCUCCAGUUUUGACAUACAGCUGGUACAGAGUUACGAGCAAUGAAACUGUACGGUUACAUGCAGAAGCCAUGGACAUUACAGUGGAGAACGUGACUAGUGAAGGAACCCAGUAUUACUGCUCUGCACAUAAUGAUGUGGGAAUUGGAACCUCUAAACAACUGCACUUGGUGGUUCAGUAUGCCCCCAGACAUCUUUCUGUUCUUGUCAGAGGGUCUGCUGGUGAGAUAAAGGAAGGAGAUCAUGUUUCUCUGAGCUGUGUCAGUGACAGCCUCCCCCCAGCUUUCACAUACAGUUGGUACAGAGUUAUAAACAAGGACAAUAUACGGUUACUGGCAGAAACCAUGGAUAUUACAGUGGAGAAUGUGACUAGAGAGGAGAGCGAGUAUUACUGCUCUGCACAAAAUGAUGUAGGAAUUGGAACAUCUAAACCCAUCCACUUGGCUAUACAAUAUGCCCCAAAAAACGUUUCCGUUCUUGUCCGAGGGUCUUCUGGUGGUAUAAAGGAAGGAGAUACAGUUUCUCUGAGCUGUGUCAGUGACAGCAACCCUCCAGUUUUGACAUACAGCUGGUACAGAGUUAUGAGCAAUGAAACUAUACGGUUACAUGCAGAAGCCAUGGACAUUAUAGUGGAGAACGUGACUAGUGAAGGAACCCAGUAUUACUGCUCUGCACAUAAUGAUGUGGGAAUUGGAACCUCUAAACCACUACACUUGGUGGUUCAGUAUGCCCCCAGACAUCUUUCUGUUCUUGUCAGAGGGUCUGCUGGUGGGAUAAAGGAAGGAGAUCAUGUUUCUCUGAGCUGUGUCAGUGACAGCCUUCCCCCAGCUUUCACAUACAAUUGGUACAGAGUUAUAAACAAGGACAAUAUACGGUUACUGGCAGAAACCAUGGAUAUUACAGUGGAGAAUGUGACUAGAGAGGAGAGCGAGUAUUACUGCUCUGCACAAAAUGAUGUAGGAAUUGGAACAUCUAAACCCAUCCACUUGUCUAUACAAUAUGCCCCAAAAAACGUUUCAGUUCUUGUCAGAGGGUCUUCUGGUGGUAUAAAGGAAGGAGAUACUGUUUCUCUGAGCUGUGUCAGUGACAGCAACCCUCCAGUUUUGACAUACAGCUGGUACAGAGUUACGAGCAAUGAAACUAUACAGUUACAUGCAGAAGCCAUGGACAUUAUAGUGGAGAACGUGACUAGUGAAGGAACCCAGUAUUACUGCUCUGCACAUAAUGAUGUGGGAAUUGGAACCUCUAAACCACUGCACUUGGUGGUUCAGUAUGCCCCCAGACAUCUUUCUGUUCUUGUCAGAGGGUCUGCUGGUGAUAUAAAGGAAGGAGAUCAUGUUUCUCUGAGCUGUGUCAGUGACAGCCUCCCUCCAGCUUUCACAUACAAUUGGUACAGAGUUAUAAACAAGGACAAUAUACGGUUACUGGCAGAAACCAUGGAUAUUACAGUGGAGAAUGUGACUAGAGAGGAGAGCGAGUAUUACUGCUCUGCUCAAAAUGAUGUGGGAAUUGGAACAUCUAUACCCAUCCACUUGGCUAUACAAUAUGCCCCAAAAAACGUUUCAGUUCUUGUCAGAGGGUCUUCUGGUGGUAUAAAGGAAGGAGAUACUUUUUCUCUGAGCUGUGUCAGUGACAGCAACCCUCCAGUUUUGACAUACAGCUGGUACAGAGUUACGAGCAAUGAAACUAUACAGUUAAAUGCAGAAGCCAUGGACAUUACAGUGGAGAACGUGACUAGUGAAGGAACCCAGUAUUACUGCUCUGCACAUAAUGAUGUGGGAAUUGGAACCUCUAAACCACUGCACUUGGUGGUUCAGUAUGCCCCCAGACGUCUUUCUGUUCUUGUCAGAGGGUCUGCUGGUGGGAUAAAGGAAGGAGAUCAUGUUUCUCUGAGCUGUGUCAGUGACAGCCUCCCCUCAGCUUUCACAUACAAUUGGUACAGAGUUAUAAACAAGGACAAUAUACGGUUACUGGCAGAAACCAUGGAUAUUACAGUGGAGAAUGUGACUAGAGAGGAGAGCGAGUAUUACUGCUCUGCACAGAAUGAUGUGGGUAUUGGAACAUCUAAACCCAUCCACUUGUAUAUACAAUAUGCCCCAAAAAACGUUUCAGUUCUUGUCAGAGGGUCUUCUGGUGGUAUAAAGGAAGGAGAUACUGUUUCUCUGAGCUGUGUCAGUGACAGCAACCCUCCAGUUUUGAGGUACAGCUGGUACAGAGUUAUGAGCAAUGAAACUAUACGGUUACAUGCAGAAGCCAUGGACAUUACAGUGGAGAACGUGACUAGUGAAGGAACCCAGUAUUACUGCUCUGCACGUAAUGAUGUGGGAAUUGGAACCUCUAAACCACUGCACUUGGUGGUUCAGUAUGCCCCCAGACAUCUUUCUGUUCUUGUCAGAGGGUCUGCUGGUGAGAUAAAGGAAGGAGAUCAUGUUUCUCUGAGCUGUGUCAGUGACAGCCUCCCCUCAGCUUUCACAUACAAUUGGUACAGAGUUAUAAACAAGGACAAUAUACGGUUACUGGCAGAAACCAUGGAUAUUACAGUGGAGAAUGUGACUAGAGAGGAGAGCGAGUAUUACUGCUCUGCUCAAAAUGAUGUAGGAAUUGGAACAUCUAAACCCAUCCACUUGGCUAUACAAUAUCCCCCAAAAAACGUUUUGGUUCUUGUCAGAGGGUCUUCUGGUGGUAUAAAGGAAGGAGAUACUGUUUCUCUGAGCUGUGUCAGUGACAGCAACCCACAGGUUUUGAGAUACAGCUGGUACAGAGUUACGAGCAAUGAAACUAUACGGUUACAUGCAGAAGCCAUGGACAUUACAGUGGAGAACGUGACUAGUGAAGGAACCCAGUAUUUCUGCUCUGCACAUAAUGAUGUGGGAAUUGGAACCUCUAAACCACUGCACUUGGUGGUUCAGUAUGCCCCCAGACAUCUUUCUGUUCUUGUCAGAGGGUCUGCUGGUGGGAUAAAGGAAGGAGAUCAUGUUUCUCUGAGCUGUGUCAGUGACAGCCUCCCUCCAGCUUUCACAUACAAUUGGUACAGAGUUAUAAACAAGGACAAUAUACGGUUACUGGCAGAAACCAUGGAUAUUACAGUGGAGAAUGUGACUAGAGAGGAGAGCGAGUAUUACUGCUCUGCACAGAAUGAUGUGGGAAUUGGAACAUCUAAACCCAUCCACUUGGCUAUACAAUACAAGCCUGCAAUCUUGCUACAGUCUUCCUGUGUGCUUGGUUCUGAAGGGGUGACUUGCCACUGCAUUGCAGAGUCAAACCCUCCAGCUACUAUAACAUGGGAGAGUCCAGAUAAUGACGACCAAAUCGCUCAAAAUCCUCAGCCGUCCUCACUCGUCCGAGGUCAUCGAGUUACCAGUACUCUGCAGGGAGUCACAGUUACCCAUGGAGAAAUCUCUUGCCUGGCCACUAACAAACUUGGCAGUGGCUACCGUAACUUUUCAUUGCAAAAGCCUGAUCCCCACACAAAUGUGUUGAUAAUUAUCCCUGCUGUUCUCUUUGGAGUGGUUGUCAUCCUAGUUAUUGCAGUGAUUUACCGUCGUAAAACAAGAAAGACUCUUUUCGUGGUAAAUGAAGAAAACGAAGACAAUGAUACCACAGCCAGCGUUGAUCAUAUGAUUCUGAAAAACAUGUAGAAGCUCCAGGAAUAGCAGAGCCAGACAAUAACCCCCUACUGGAGAAAAGAAGAUAUUUGGCAAACUUUAUAUUUUAUUUACCAUCGUUGUAAUUAUUUUCUGUUAAUAAUCCUAAACAGUGCAUUUAUGAGUAUUUCUUUGUGUGUGGUUUUUUCUUUAACUGCAGUAAAGCAUGUCGGUGAUGGUCAGGAUAAAAAACACUGUCCUAAACCUUAUCUUUUAUGCAUGUGGUAUAUGAAUGUGUGCGCAGUUCUGCCAUCUGAUUCAAAUAAAGUUAUUAAAUAAAAUGUU